AUGUUCGAGGAUAAGAAGGAGACGCCCAAGGGCCUGGGUGAGGUCGUUGAACCUGUCGAGGAGUCCGGUUCCGACACUGGAUCGCCCAAGGUCCACGUCCCCGAAAUCAUGGCGGAGAAGGACCCCAAGCCUGGCCGCGCCCUCCACUUUGUCACCAAGCGUGAUAUUGACGACACGACGCUGUGGUACAACCAACACAAGCCCUCUGCCCGUGCCCUCGAGCCUCACGAGAUCAAAAAGGUGAACCAGAAGAACUUUUGGUUCCUGCUGAUGCAGACGUGGUGGGUCGCGUUUCUCAUCCAUCUAGACAAGUCGACGCUGGCCCAGGCCAGUACCAUGGGCAUCUUUGAAGAUGUGAAGAUCAAAAAAGACCAGUUCAACCACCUGUUCGUCAUCUUCUUUGCCGGUUACCUCAUUGCGCUCUGGCCCGGUGCUGCCCUCGCGCAGCGUGUCGGUCAAAAGCAGUUCAUCGUCGGCUCCCUGGCGACCUGGGCUCUGCUCCUGGGGAUGCAUCCGCUUGCCAAGAACUACUCCCAGAUGAUCGCGCUCCGAUUUCUGCUUGGCAUGGCCGAGUCACAGAUCGUUCCGUCGACAACCGUCCUUCACCAGGCCUUCUUCCCCCCCAAGAAGAGUCCUUGGGUCCAGCUUCUGUGGUGGGCAUCGGGCAGCUUUGCCAAUGUUCUCCUGACCAUGGUCUCGUACAGGCUCAUCCUCGACGACAACCAUCACUCCCUUGCUGGCAACCUGAGCUCUUGGAAGUGGAUGCACAUCAUCUGUGUCAUCUUGACAAUUAUCGUCAUCCUUCCCCUCGCCAUCUUCCUGCCCAACUCGCCAGUGGAUGCGAAAUGGUUGACAGUGGAUGAGAAGAUCCACACGAUUGAUGCGAUCCGUGCCACGCAUGCUGGUAUCAGCAACAAGACGUUCAAGUGGUCGCAGGUUCGCGAGUGCUUCACCGACCCGAAGAGUUGGCUCUUUAUCAUGCACAUGUUCUUCAACGAGCUGCCCAACAACACUUCACAGCAGCUUCCUCUCAUUCUAGUCGGAUUCGGAUUCACUCCUGCGCAGAGUGCUCUGUUCAACAUUGCCAAGCCGCUGUGGGGUUCAUUCCUGAUUCUCGUGUCGGCGGCGAUGCUGUACUUGACGGAUCUGGGUGUGGGCUACACCUGUGCCAUUUCAUACAUUCCCUGCUUCGUCGGAGGUUUGAUCAUGCUGACAGCGCCAUGGUCCAACAAGAUUGCUCUGGUGGUUGGCACCCAAAUUUCGACCUUUAAGCCAUCGUACUUGCUGGGCCUUUCGUGGGCUGGCACCGCGACCAUUGGCUACACAAAGAAGCUCUAUGUCAUGUCGACCUGCAUAGUCGCCGCUUCGGUUGCCAACAUGAUUUCCCCCGAAUUUUGGCAGUCCAAGUACAAGCCGCGCUACAUACUACCUUGGGCGUUUAUGACGGCUUUUUGGUUCAUCUCUCCCAUCAUGUGCCUCAUCAUUCGAUUUUAUCUGCAGAAGGAGAACAAGAAACGGGCUGCCAUUCUCGCGCAACGCGGCAGCGAGAGCGACAAUGACGUUCUCGAGGUCGGCAGCGAGAUCAUGCACCUGAAGGACGAGGAUCUCGACCUGACGGACCGCCAGAACCUGCGUUUCGUGUACCCACUGUAG